AUCAAGGAAUAAUCAAUAAUGAUGUUGGUGGUUGUUAGAGUGGUUGUAUGUGUACACAUAUUUAUGCUGUUUCACUUUGCAUGUUUGUCUUCUCAUUCAUGCCAUCCAGAAGAGAGUUCUGCCUUGUUUCACUUCAAGACCCAACUCAUUACUAAUACUACAUUUUUUGAUGGAUGGUAUGAGCAUGAAUGCCCCAAUGCUUAUCCAAAGAUGAGGACGUGGGAGAAUGGGACAGAUUGUUGUUCAUGGAUGGGUGUCACGUGUGAUUCUCUGUCUGGUCACGUGAUUGGCCUCGAUCUAAGUUGCAGUGCACUUGUAGGUGAUAUUCCUUCUCAAAUCUCACACCUUUCCAAAUUACAGUCACUUGAUCUCUCUUGGAAUUCUGGUUUAAAGUGGAAAGAAACAACUUGGAAAAGAAUGUUGCAAAAUGCAACAGUUUUACGUGAGAUUGUAUUGGAUGAGACAGACAUGUUUUCCAUUAGCUUAAACCCUUUGUCCAAGUGGUCUUUCUCUUUCUCUUUGGUUACUCUUAGUCUUCGUAAUACUGGAAUAAGAGGAUACUUGACUAGUCACAUUCUAUGUUUACCCAAUCUUUAUGAGCUCCAGCUAUACGGAAAUGGAAACAUUCAAGUCCAUGUUCCAAAGUUGAACUGCAGUGCUUCUCUUAGUUUUUUGGAUCUUUCAUCGUGUCAAUUCUCAGGAUCACAAAACCCUGCUUCCUUUUUUAACCUUACACAUCUAACAUAUUUGCACUUGUCUGCAAAUGGAUUUAAUGGUUCAAUCCCACCAUUGCUCUCAAACCUUCAGCAUCUCACUCACUUGGACCUUUCAGGGAAUGAAUUCACUGGUUCGUUCCCAUCAUUUCUUUCAAACCUUCCUCAUCUUGUUUACUUGGAUCUUUCACUGAAUACGCUUAGUGGUCAAAUUCCAAAUGUGUUUGAUAGGCUAACCAAUUUGCAAUCCCUUCGCCUUUCGUAUAAUAAUUUCCAAAGGAAGUUGCCAUCCUCAUUAUUUGCCUUAAUUCAACUCUCUUCCUUGGAUUGUUCUUAUAAUGAAAUUGAGGGACCACUACCUGACAAAGUAGCCUUUUUAAAUCUCACUACACUAGACCUAAGAGGCAACUUAUUGAAUGGGACAAUCCCUCAGUGGACCUUAUCCCUCAAGUCUCUGAAAUACUUAGAUCUAUCAAAUAACAGAUUCAGAGGGCACAUAAGGGAAAUUACAUCUUAUUCCUUGGAGUAUUUAGGCUUGUGCAAUAUUAAUGAGCUCCAAGGAAACUUUCUAGAAUCGAUUUUCCAUCUUGUCAACCUUACUCAUUUGUACUUGUGUUUAGACAAUUGGAGCGGUAUUGUCCACUUCCCACUCUUCUCAAAGCUUCAAAACUUGGAGUAUCUUUAUCUUUCAGGUUGUACUUCAUUAUUGCUACAAUCUGAAACUAGUGUUAAUCACACUUUCUCCAAUUUGUGGGCACUGCAGUUGCUUUCUAGCAAUAUUACUGGUUGGUUGGAAUUCUCAGGAAAAUUUCCAAAUUUAGAAUAUCUUCAAUUGUCCAACAAUAGUCUUCAGGGAAAAGUGCCAGAAUGGAUACAUGGUAUGGAUUCAUUAACUUAUUUGAAUCUCUCACACAACAAUUUUACAUUGAUGGACCAUUUCCCAUGGUAUCAACUUGACUUCCUUGAUCUUAGUUUCAACUCGAUGGCUGAUGACAUUUCUUCCUUCUUUUGUAAUGCAACCUUUCUGGAAAUUAUCAACUUGUCUCACAAUAACUUCACAGGAACAUUUCCACAGUGCCUUGUCAAUGGCUCAUUCCUUAAAGAUUUAGAUCUACAAAUGAACAAACUUCAUGGAACUUUGCCAGAUACCUUUUUGGAUCUUACUACACUGAAUCUCAAUGGCAACAAUUUCGAAGGUCUAUUGCCGAAAUCUUUGUCCAAAUGCUCAGGAAUUGUGGAUUUGGAUCUCGGUAACAAUCAAUUUGAGGACACAUUUCCCAAUUGGCUUCAGAAUCUAUCAGAUUUGAAAAUACUGGUCUUACGAGGCAAUAAGUUGUACGGUCAGAUUGCAAAUUUGAAAUCUGAAAAGAUAUUUGCAAGUUUGAUUAUUUUUGACAUAUCAUGCAAUAACUUUAGCGGCUCAUUACCAAAAGCAUACAUACAAAAUUUUCGAGCCAUGAAGAUUGUUCAUGAUGUGCAAAGCCCUUUGUCUUAUAUUAUUGACGCCAGAACAGAAUAUGACAGUUCUAUGGUUGCAACAAUUAAAAGAGUCAGUCUUACUUUUACGAAAAUUCCAUAUGCCUUUGCAAUUAUCGAUUUGUCAGAAAACAAAUUUGAAGGAGAGAUUCCAGAUGAUUUUGGGGAGCUUCAUGGACUCAUAGGCCUCAAUCUUUCUCAUAACAGACUUGUUGGUCCUAUUCCCCACUCUUUGGGAAAUUUGACAAAUCUAGAAUCAUUGGAUCUCUCCUCAAAUAUGCUUACUGGGGAUAUUCCUACUGAAUUGGCAAAUCUGAACUUUCUUGAAGUCUUGAGUCUUUCCCAAAACCAGUUGGUGGGACCAAUACCCAGAGGAAAACAGUUUGAUACAUUUUCAAACGAUUCCUAUGAGGGAAACAUGGGGUUAUGUGGAUUUCCAUUGUCAAUUCAAUGCAACAACAAUGUCCCUUUGCAACAAUGUCCAUCUUCUGAGGCUGAAGACAAAUUUGGAUUUGGUUGGAAACCAGUGGCAAUAGGAUAUGCAUUUGGAAUGGUACUUGGAAUAGGAUUGGGAUUUUGUGUUUUCUCAAUUGGAAAGCCUGAAUGGCUAGUGGUCCUCUUUGGAGGUAAAAGGACCAAAAGGAGGAGCUGUGGAAACCGACGGCGUGCAAGAACAACUCUGUUUCAGCUUUUUGUUGCAAUGUAAAUUUGUAAUAAGUUUAUGUCUUGUGCUGUUGUGUUUUGUAUGUUUUGUUAAAUUUAGUGUCGUACUUUUACUAUAUGGAUGUCUACAAGUCUUGACAAUAUUUAUAGUAAGUACUUGUUCUAUAGCUGUAAGAAAUGUUGCAAGUGAAUUCUGUUUUCAAA